UAAGUUAUAACCGUAGAAACUUGUUUAUCAAUCAGUAGUGCAGCGAAAUUUCUUCUGUAUAUCUGGAAUUUACUAAACUUCAAAAUCUUGACUCAGUAUCGUUAUUUGAAUUCCGAUCUUUUAAAAUGGUUCUUUAUUCACAAGAUUAUAUUCAAAAGAAGCUGGAAAAAGAGCUCGAAGCAACAUUUGUUUCUGUUGAAGAUAUGUCAGAUGGCUGUGGAGCAAAAUUCAAUGCAAUUGUUGUAACACCUAAAUUUGAAGGUGUCCCUUUGUUGCAGAGGCACAGAAUGGUGAAUGAAGUUCUGAAAGAAGAAAUGAAUUCAAUUCAUGCUUUUACUCAGAAAACUCUUACACCAGAACAAUGGGAGAAACAAAAAUCUGCAAAUGUAGUAAAUCUGAAAUGUGAAGGUUUAUGCCAUGCAAAGAAUGUUGCUUGAUUGAAAUGCUGAACUCCAAUGCUCUGUGCAACAAAGUUUAGACUAUUUAAAAUAAAUAUUUUUUUAUUGAUUUCACAUACAAAAUAUAUCCAUGUUAAACUAUUAUAUCUGUAACAAUUGAUAUAAAAAUGUUUUGAUCUACA